AUGUUCUUUUUUAAUCUAAUAUCUCAUCUGUUUAAUCUUGUUUUUCUGUUUUUAUUUUAAUUGGUUAUUUUUUAUUAAUUUGUUUAUUUUUAUUUAUCUGCUUAUUUAUUUAUUUAUUUAUUUAUUUAAUUCUUUUAUUUUAUUUUAUUUUUAUUUAUUUUUAUUUAUUUAUUUUCUUUUUAUUUAUUUUAAUCUUUCUUGAUAGUCCACCACUUUAAAAUAUCUUUUUCUUCUGUGUGUCUCCAUGUCAUGUCUCAGUUCCUAGUAAAAAAUACUUUUUAUAUAUUGAUGCGAAAGUAAUAGACAUCAUCUGGGCUGUCUUGCAAAUUAUGGAUAAUUUGUUUUGUUUUAGACGGUGAAUGUAGACAUUUUGAAAAAACAACCGCUAAUUAAUUAUAUUAAUUAAUUGCGAUAAUUUGCUUUAAUCUUCAUGAAAAUGAAUAUUUAUGCCUGAGUAGUUUUGGGCCGGAUUUAAAAACUUAGGGAGAUCUAACCCUUUAUUUAUUGUAUUAAAAACUUUGGUAACCUCUUUCAUCCCCACAACGAAGAGGUUAGACAUAAAUAUACAUUUUCGUAUGA